GAGUUUGCGGCCGGUCCGCCCGACGUCGGGCGUCGGGGCAGGCGCGGGCGCGUAAGACUGCGCUUCCCGGCGUGCCCAGCGCCUGCGCGGAGCGCGAGAGGACGGCGGCGUCGGCGUCUGGCUACUCUGAGAGGCCGAGGGGAGGAUGGCGGCGGCGGCGGCCGCUGAGGACGAGGCGACCGAGGAGGGGCAGCAGCGACAGCAGCGGCGGAGGCGGAGGCGGCGGCCGUAGGAGCGGAGACGCGCCUGCGGGGCCCGCGCACGAUGUUCGGGCGGUCGCGCAGCUGGGGCGGCGGCGGGGGCGGCGGCGGGAAGGCCUCGCGCAACAUCCACUCGCUCGAGCACCUCAAGUAUAUGUAUCAUGUUUUGACCAAAAACACCACUGUGACUGACCACAACCGCAACCUAUUGGUGGAAACCAUUCGAUCGAUAACCGAGAUCCUGAUAUGGGGAGAUCAGAAUGACAGUUCAGUGUUUGACUUUUUCUUGGAGAAAAACAUGUUUGUGUUCUUCCUGAACAUUCUGCGCCAGAAGUCGGGCCGUUAUGUCUGUGUGCAACUUCUGCAGACUUUGAAUAUCCUCUUUGAGAACAUCAGUCACGAAACAUCCCUUUACUAUUUACUGUCCAACAACUACGUGAACUCUAUUAUUGUGCACAAAUUUGACUUCUCAGAUGAAGAAAUCAUGGCAUACUAUAUUUCAUUCUUAAAAACACUUUCUCUGAAACUCAACAAUCACACUGUUCACUUUUUUUACAACGAGCAUACCAACGAUUUUGCCUUGUACACCGAGGCCAUCAAAUUCUUCAACCACCCAGAGAGCAUGGUCAGAAUUGCCGUGAGAACCAUCACGUUAAACGUCUACAAAGUGUCAUUGAACAACCAGCCGAUGCUGCACUAUAUUCGAGACAAGACGGCCGUCCCUUACUUCUCCAACCUCGUCUGGUUCAUCGGCAGCCACGUGAUAGAGCUGGACAACUGCGUCCAAACAGAUGAGGAGCAUAGAAAUCGGGGCAAGCUGAGCGACCUUGUAGCCGAGCACCUGGAUCACCUCCAUUACCUGAACGACAUCCUAAUUAUCAACUGUGAAUUCUUAAACGAUGUAUUGACGGACCACCUGCUGAACAGCCUCUUCCUGCCUCUCUACGUCUACUCCUUGGUCAAUCAGGAGAAGACUGGAGAACGGCCAAGAAUAAGUCUCCAGGUCUCUCUCUAUCUCUUGUCACAAGUUUUCCUAAUCAUCCAUUACGCCCCCUUGGUGAAUUCGUUGGCCGAGGUCAUUCUGAACGGAGACCCCGCGGUGUUUUCCCCCAAAGUGGAGCAGGACGUCCAGAAAAGCUCUGUCAAGGCGGGCAUCAGGUGCUUCAUUAAACCUUCCGAGACCCUGGAGCGCUCGCUAGAAAUUAAUAAACAGAAGGGGAGAAAGAGGCUGCAGAAGAGGCCCAACUAUAAAAACGUUGGGGAGGAGGAGGAGGAGGAGGAGAGGGGCCCGGAAGACACCCCGGAAGGCACCGAGAGCCCCUCCAAGGGCCUCAAGCCCAGUGGGGAGAGUGAAGAAAUCGAGAUGGUGAUCAUGGAGCGUUGCAAACUCAUUUCUGCCACAGAGCAAAACAUAACCGACGAGGAGAAGAGCGCAGCUGCCUCCGCAAUGUGCAGCUGGAACAGGCCAUUUCUGGAGAUGGUGUAUAAUGCCCUGGAGUGUGCCGAUUUUGACUACUACGCUCUUUUUGUGUUGUGUCUCCUGUACGCCAUGUCCCACAACAAAGGAAUCAAGCCAAUCACCCUGGAGAGGAUUCAGCUCUCGGCCCAGGACGCCGAGGAGAAGAACUCCUACAACCCCGGCCUGGCAGAGAGGCUCAUCAGGAUCAUGAGCUACGCUGCUCAGCCAGAUGGCAAAAUCCGCCUGGCCACCUUGGAGCUUGGCUGCCUCCUCUUGAAGCAGCUGGUGUUCAACAAACACGGCAGCAUUAUCAAAGAUGUGCACCUUGCUUGUUUGGAAGGGGCAAGAGAAGAAAGCGUUCACCUGGUGCGGCGUUUUUACAAGGGAGAAGAAAUUUUUCUGGACAUGUUUGAAGAUGAAUAUAGAACUAUGACCCUGAAGCCCAUGAACGUGGAAUACUUGAUGAUGGACGCUUCCAUUCUGCUGCCGCCCACGGGAACCCCUCUUACGGGAAUUGACUUCGUGAAGAGGCUCCCCUGUGGCGACGUGGAGAGAACCCGGAGGGCCAUCCGAGUGUUCUUCAUGCUGCGCUCUCUGUCCCUGCACCUUCAGGAUGAGCCAGAGACUCAGUUGCCUCUGACGAGGGAGGAAGACUUAAUUAAGACAGACGACGUCCUUGAUCUGAAUAACAGUGAUUUGAUUGCCUGCACCGUGAUCACCAAGGACAGCGGUCAGGUCCAGAGGUUUCUGGCGGUGGAUAUUUACCAGAUGAGUUUGGUGGAGCCAGAUGUUGGGCGCUUAGGCUGGGGAGUCGUUAAAUUUGCUGGCCUUCUGCAGGACAUGCAGGUGACUGGAGUGGAAGACGAUAGCCGGGCCCUGAAUAUCGUCAUACACAAGCCGGCUUCCAGCCCGCAUUCCAAGCCCUUCCCCAUCCUUCAGGCCACCUUCGUUUUUUCAGAUCACAUCCGCUGUAUCAUUGCGAAGCAGCGCCUGGCCAAGGGAAGGAUCCAGGCCCGGCGGAUGAAAAUGCAAAGAAUAGCAGCGCUUCUGGACCUGCCCGUCCAGCCAGCCAAUGAAGUGAUGGGCUUUGGACACAGCUCAGCCGCCACCUCACACCUGCCAUUCCGGUUUUAUGAGCAAGCCCGACGGAGCAGCUGUGACCCAACUGUGCAGCGCUCAGUGUUUGCCUCGGUUGACAAAGUCCCAGGUUUUGCCGUGGCCCAGUGUCUCAACCAGCCCACCCCUUCCUCCUCUUCCUCGCUGUCCCCGUCGUCCAGCAGGAGCACCGGGUGCUGCGACUCGGCCGUGGCCAGCUCCGCGUCCACACCCUCCAUGGCCCAGAGCCCUUCAGGUAUCUGCACCCGGCCUUCUAGCACAGGCGACUCGGGGGGGGGGGGGGGGGGCGAGCAGGCGGGUCAUAAACGCGGUCUGAACUCCACUUGAGGUUUUAAUGAAGCUGCUUAAUUGAACAAAUGCCGUCAUUCAUUAAGCAACUGUUCUGGAAAGCAUAACACAUUUAAAGCGAUCUGCCAAGUUAUUUUUCCUUGGAAGCAGCUUCUCUGCAGUUCGGGCAAAUGAACUAGUCCUGCCUGAAAGCCACACCGCUUUGGAUCCCGCCCCGUUCCCCGGGCUGACCCCACCCUCCCCAGUGCCGGGUUAACGGGAGGGGUCAUCCUGAGCCACUUAAAGGAACGUUGCUCCAAGCCGUCCGCCAGUCUGGGCCCCGAGGAGCCGGCUGGGCUGCUCUGCAACGAAGCCGCCGUGUCCCAGGCUGAUGUGUGGGUGCCCCUGUUCACCUCCCAGCUCCUUUGGCAGGAAUGUAGAGGUCAGGUUUAAUAUGGCUGCAGUAUUACCGUGCGUGUUUUUAAAAAGCCUUCAGAAUGAUUCACGUACAUUUCCUAUUUUUCUUUCAUACACGUUUUGGAUGCCAGGUUCUUAAUUUUUGUGUAGAUAUAUUCCAGGCCGUAGCUGCAGGAGGAAGCGUGAAAAUAAGACUUCAAAAUUGUGUCCUGGGACAAAGCAGAGGGCCUACCUGGGUGUUGCUUUCAGGCUGGGGAGAGGGGGAGAACUCGCAGGCCGAGCUUCAUGUCAAAAGCCCUCUUGCAAAACUCAAUUCAGAUCCCCACGCAAAUCCUUCUGCUCCAGCCUCGUUCUCGAAGGCUUCCCGUGUCGUGCCUAGAAGUGGUGAUUUCCUUUAAACCCUCCCCAAA